AUGGCUGAGUCGCAGCAUUCGCUCCUCUCGGAGGCCGACUUCGAAACCACGCGGCCUCAGCGCACAUGGAAUCCGCUAGGUCGUAAUUCGCCCGAGCUUGAAUACGCCUUUCUCCCAACGUAUCGUGAGGAGCGGCAGAGCUUCUCCGAGGAGGUUCUCCGCGAGGUUGGAUUGGGCAUCACCAACACGUCCGGUGAGACUCUGCCGCGGGGCAAACGAGAUUCCAUUUCCAGUGAAACAAGCCCCGUCACAACGCCAGGCUUCUUGAAAACACCUCAGGGAAUACCAACGACCCCUCACCAACAUCAUGGAAAUUGCCCGAGCCGCGCGACUGUCCUGCAGCGACGAUUCUCGUGGGUCCCGGUGACCAUCUUCGUUCUUGCCUUUUAUGCGACUGUAUUCUCGGGCAUAUAUCUGGCUGUUGCCAUUCGAAAGCCGAGGUGGUCGAAUGUUGGGGUUGGGGGAUCUUUAGCGGCGUCAACGGCCAAUUUGCUGUGUGCCUUCUUCGCAAAGACCAUUGAAUUGGCCUAUGUGACUAUUUGCGUCGCUUUCCUGGGACAGGUACUGAGUCGACGGGCGUUGACUCAAGAUUCAAGAGGAGUGAGUAUUUCAGAUAUGAGUAUGAGAGCGUGGAUUAUGCAACCUGGAUCCAUGCUGGUGCACUGGGAGACACUGCGUUACUCGGCACUCUCGUUUCUCGGUCUCAUCGCUUUGAUUGCGACGUUCGUAGCCAUGCUCUACACGACCGCAGCCGAGGCUUUAGUGUCUCCGAAGCUGUCCAUGGGACCAUUAGAGUCAACCAUCAUCUGGGGCAAGGUAUACGCUAGCUGGGGCAACCCCAACUUCCUCGCAGAAAAAUGCCAGACCCCGAUUCCCCUCUCGAUGGAUCCUCAGGCCCGCAACUCUACCUGUCUUCAGAUGGAGCACGUCGGUCAGGCCUACCACAAUUUCGAGCAGUGGAUGACAAUGUGGACGGGUCUGGUAGCGGGUGACAACAAAACAUCCGAUCAAUUGCAAUCCCGACCCAAGCCCACCGCGUCCAUGUGGGAUAACACCACAGUAACAGGCAGCUGGAUCGACAUAUCGAAUAUGACUGAACUAUCAUUGAGACACGGCCGCAUGGUCAACAACAUCACCAUGGCCCUGCCGCACGCCGGAGUACCCGCAGCGGUAAUGGACCCCAAGAACGAUAUCCGCCAGCCACAAGAAGCAUCAGGCGAGGGAAAGUACAAUGUAGAAGCCUCAGUCCCCUCGCCUGCUGUCAACGUCCUAUGUGUCGGCAUGAACGAAUCCGAACUAGCCCCACUAGUAUACUCCUCAUGGCCCGACGCCCACUUCAACGCGACGGGAUACAGCGUGUUCCCACCGUCCAACAUCCCGCGAUGGCCAUCCUGGUUAAACAGUACCGUAGUUGAUGACAUAUUUGGCUUCGGCGAGAAAUACGGCCAACGACCCCCAAUUUUUGGUACAUUCCCGACAGCCAACAACACCAUCCUAAACACUACAGGCAUCUGGCCCACAGACGCAAUCUACCUCAUAGGAAAGCCCUCAAUCGCAAACCCUGAGUAUGUAAUGUGCUCAGUGCGCGGCAAAGAAACAGGCGUCUGCUCUACACGCUACGAAGCCGCCUCCUCAGGCGCCCUUCUCGCCUCGCACUGCGAAGACAAAUCCAACAUCCUGCAACACAACCACAACAACCCCUCCUUUGUCGAGGGCCUCUGGUCUGCAGACUGGAAAAACGUCGCUACGGAAUGGGCAAGCGCUCUUAGUCUCGGCUCAGGCAUAACCGCCUCUCAAGCCAGCACAGAGCGUAUCAUCAUGCAAAUGAUGCCCACCUACUCCAGCACAUCAAAUACAUACACCUACAACCCGCGGCUCCCCUCUGUUGCAGAAGCCCUCGCCGUAAUGGCAGGUUCGCUUCUAAUCCUUAGUACCCAAGAUGCCCCCUUUGUUCAAGGCUGGAACUAUACCGCUCCGCCCGAUAUCCUUCCUAUACCCGAAUACCAGCACUUCUUGGCCACGCUGCAGUCAGUCGACUACGCCUCCGGCGGGACAGAGAAAUGGCAAGGCGUCUUCUAUGUCAUCCUAAUCUUCGCAUUCCUCACAUCCGCCGUGUGUCUAGUCUUUAUGAUCGUCGAAGCUAGAGGGCACCAGAUAACCGAUUUCACGGAGCCGCAGAAUCUAUUCGCGCUGGCGGUCAACUCUCCUCAGAGUUCGAGGCUGCAGGGUGCUUGUGGUGGUGGGCCUGUGGGGAGACAGCUGAAAGAGAGGUGGGUUAUUGGGAUGGAGGAGAUGGAUGCGCAUUAUUAUAUUCGGUCGAAGGCUGAGGCGGGUGGCAGUCCAGAGAGAUAUGGUGGGAGGGAGGACACGAGUUAUCGGGGUGUUGAACAGAUGGAUGUUGAUGAUGGGAGUUUGAAAGCUGUUAGUCCCGCUGUCGAUGAGUUUAGGAAGGUUUCGAAGAGGAGGAGUUGGUUGGCGAGGUUUUAUUAG